AUGGCCGAAGACGGGCCCAAGAACGUCUUUGGCUCCUGCUCGUUUGCUUUCGUGCCUGGCCGUUCUCUGCUUCCCAAGACCAUUGCUGAACUUUCCCGGACAGUGCAAAAGUAUGGCGGAAUCGCGUUGGAACCGGAGGCGGAUGGCAAGCUAUCCCUGGCUGAAGCGACACACGUCAUCUCGAACUCGAUCGACUUUGAACAGUACAAUACCGCCAUCGAUAUGAUGCUUCCCGUCGUCACGUCGUCUUGGCUUACACACUCACUUAGCCGCGGAAAACUGGCCCAGAUCCGCCCCUUCUCGCCCGACCCGCGCAUGAUUUUCUCGUCCGUCAACUUGACCUGCGCCGACAUCCCCGUGGGCGACAAGGAGGCCAUUACCGGCGCAACCCUGGCCCUUGGCGGCAUGGAGUCCAAGGACUUGACGCGUCUGACGACUCAUAUUUGUGCUCUGACCAUGGACCACGACAAGUGCAAGGAAGCCGUUGCCAAAAAGCUGCGGUGCCUCAUCGUGCUGCCGCAUUGGUUCGACGACUGCUUCAAGCUCGGCAAGAAGAUCGACGAGACACCCUACCUUCUCCCUGACCCCCCAAUCUUGCGGAGCAUGAACGGUACGGGCGGCACUAGUAGCUCCAUCGGUAGCAGUGCACUCGGUGAGGGUGAGGCUGAUGACGACCGCGUGCCUAUCCCGCAGAACCUGGACCUCGAGGGCGCCACAACACCCCUACCCGAUACGCCUCCCAACCUUGGCUGGCGCAGCAACUUGACCGUCUUCCAGAACAAGCGGGUCAUCCUUGCCCAGGACAUCAACAUUGGCGUCCGGUUCCGUGCGGUGGUUGUCGAUCUGAUCAAGCGGGGCGGCGGACGCAUGGUAGCCGACGAUGACGUGGGCGCGUGUGACAUGUACAUCUGCCACUACCGUGACGGCGAUAACUACGUACGAGCGGCCCAGGCCGGAAAGGACAUUGGCAACCUCGCCUGGCUGUUCCACAUCAUUACCAACAACGAGUGGUGUUCGCCGCUGCGCCGUCUCCUUCACUACCCCGUCCCGCGGAACGGCAUUCCCGGGUUCGAAGAUUUUGUCAUCACGCUGUCGAACUACGGCGGUGAGGCCCGCAUCUACCUCGAGAACCUUGUCAUCGCUGCCGGUGCUAAGUUCACCAAGACGAUGCGCAUGGACAACACGCACUUGAUCACGGCGCGGGACAACAGCGAAAAGUGCGAGGCUGCACGCGACUGGAACAUCCAGAUGAUCAACCAUCUCUGGAUCGAGGAGAGCUACGCGCGGUGCCAGGUGCUGAGCGUGACCAACCCGCGGUACACGACGUUCCCCGCGCGCACCAACCUGGGCGAGGUUAUUGGCCAGACGUUCUUUGACGAGUCCAGAUUGCGGGCUCUCUUUUACCCGGGUGGUGCCAACGAAGAGGAGAUGGAGGACGACGACGACGACAACGACAACGUGGCCGUCAAGGGCACAGGAAAGAAAGGCAACAAGAAGGGGGCCGGCCGGCCCAAGAAGAAGGUGCUCGUCGAGGAGCCGCAGGUGCUGGCGGACGUGUCUGGGGCGCAGAACGGCCAGCUGAGUGACGACGAUGAAGAUGAUUUGUCCACAUCCAGCGAAGCAGAGCCUGAUGCAGCAAAUGACGUAGCCCUCCCCCGGCGAGCAGCUCGGAAUACCGCUAAAGCACCUGUGGCCACUCCAUCCCGGCCACGAAAAGGCGCGCAGCAACUCGACAAGGAAAACGAGGGCACGCCGUUAGUUGUGGGCAGUGCCAGUCGGAGUGCCAAGGACAAGGCCUUGACGAAACUACACGGCCUUGCCCCCGACAUCGCGCUCUACGAAAAGGAAAAGAAGCGAUCAACACGGGAUGGAAACGCGCCAUGGGGCGGCAAGCGGGCAGCCGACUUGGUGGACAAGGAGAAGGAGAAGCUGGAGAUGUCGCGGAAGAAGAGACACAGCUCCGACGUAGAGAGUGAGGGCACGGAUUCCGAGGAUGCUGAGCGGCCGGCCAAGAAAAGCCGGCCAUCGCUGCCGCCGGUACAGAUGCGCGUCGUUCUGACGGGCUACCAGCGGUGGGUGCACCACAGCGGCAAGGAAGAGUCCGAUCGGAGGAAACUACGUGGCAUGGGCAUCCAGAUUGUGCAGGACAACCAGCCGUGCGACUUCUUGGCCGCGCCAUGCCUCGUGCGUACGAUGAAGUUCCUCAAGACCUUGGCACGGGGGCCAGAAGUGCUGAACGCUCAAUACAUUACCGACGUUCUCGAAAAGGGCAAGCUUCUUCCAACCAACGACUACCUGCUGCGCGACAAGGACGGCGAGGCCCGCUUCAACGUCAACUUGCGCAAGGCACUGGCGCGUGCGCGCGCCCACCGCGGCCGCUUGCUGUGGCAUGUUGUUGUGUACUGUGCCGCCGACAUCAAGAACGGACCCGAAAGCUACCGCGAGAUCGCCGAGGCCAACGGUGCCAUCUUCAAGACGUACCGGGCGCACAGCGGCACGACCAUCAAGCCGACGCCACCUGACGAGGACAACGGGCAGCCGCCCGAGCCUGUGUACCUGCUUACGAGUGCGUCUCCGCCGGAGCGCGCGUUGUGGCCCAAAUUUGAGCAGAUGGCGCGCGACGGAAACAUGCUGCCACGCGUAGUGGCACCGGACUGGUUGUUGGACGUGGCCAUGCGGCAGGAGGUUCUAUUUGACGACCACUACCUGGCCGAGAACUUUUGGGGCAAAGGGACAUAA